GCACCACCACCACCACCCCCCCAUCACCACGCCAUCACUUCCUGCAGCAAGUAAGCAGCAGCAGCUAUCCCUUGGCACAGUCUUGCCGUGGCCGUGGCGGUGGGGUUUCAACAAAGCAAUAACUUAACAAUCUCCUGCCACGAACAAAAUCGUGGCAGUGAUGGCGAGCCGGCGUUCGGUGGCGUCUCUGGGCACGCUGCUGCUGCCGCUGCUGCUGCUGCUUGUGGCGGCGGCGGCGGUCGCAACGAAGGGCGGCGUGGAGGUGGUGGCAGAUGGCGACUGGAGGAAGAUCCUGGAAGGGGAGUGGAUGGUGGAAUUCUACGCGCCAUGGUGUCCGGCCUGCCAACAGCUGCAGCCCGAGUGGGUGAAGUUGGCCGGCUGGAGCAAGGACCUGAACAUCAGGGUUGGCAAGGUGGACAUCACGUUACAGACAGGUCUCAGUGGUCGAUUCCUAAUUACCUCCCUGCCUACGAUUUACCACAUACACGAGGGGGUGUUCCGCCAGUACGAGGGAUCGCGUCUCGAGAAGGACUUCCUGAGCUUCAUCGAGGAUAAGAAAUGGCUGGGGGUGAAGCCAGUCUCCUCCUGGGUGGACCCCAACUCGCUCGCGAUGUCUGGGAUGUCUGCGUUGAUGGACUUCUCUCACUGGAUCAAGAACACCCAUGCCUACCUCACCGAGCAGCUCGGCAUCCCUGUGUGGGUCUCUUACCUGCUCUUCUCUCUGGCAACCAUCCUCGUGGGCCUUCUCCUCGGAGCGGUAUGUUCACACGGCUCCCACUCUUAC